ACGAGCAACUUCCGCUUCAUUCAUUUCCCCCGCCACUCUCUCCCUCUCCUCUUCACUGCUCCUCCUCUCCUCCCCUCUCUCUGAUCUCUCUCAGUUUGCGAACGAUGAACACAGGACCAGGACUCUUCUCCGACGUCGGGAAGAAAGCGAGGGAUCUUUUGACUGCAAACUACACGACCGAUAAGAAGUUCUCCGUUAACACUUGCAGUGUCGACAAUGGAGUGGUACUCACAUCAACUGCGCUGAAGAGUGGAGGACUUUCAACUGCUGCUGUGGCUGCAAAGUACAUUUACAAGAAUUCCCUGAUCGAUGUCAUGGUCGAUACGGAGUCGAACGUUUUAACCACUGUGACUCUCACGGAGAUCUUCCCAUCAACCAAAGGCAUUGCCUCGUUUAAGUUUCCCGACUGCAGCUCCGGCAAGAUGGAGGUCCAAUAUUUCCAUGAUCAUGCAACAUUUACGACAUCCGUGGCGUUGAGACAAUCUCCCCUCAUCAACAUCUCCGCUACUGUCGGCACCCCAAGCAUGGCCUUUGGUGCAGAGGUUGGGUAUGAUACCAAUUCUGGCACUCUUACAAAGUAUAGCGCGGGUGUGAGUGCGCAGAAGUCAGAUGCUUAUGCUUCGAUAAUUCUGGGUGACAAAGGGGACUCCAUAAGGGCAUCUUAUGUGCACCAUGUUGAUAAGCUGAAGAAGAGUGCCGCUGCGGGAGAGGUCAUGAGGAAGUUCUCAACAAACGAGAACAUCGUCACUGUUGGAGGACAGUACACUAUCGACCCCCUGACAGUAGUCAAAGGGAAGCUCAACAACUACGGGACGCUUGGGGCCGUUCUGCAGCACGAGAUCAUACCAAAAUCGCUGCUCACUAUUUCUACUGAGGUUAACACCAAGGCUCUUGAGAGGACUCCCAAGUUCGGUCUCUCAAUCGCGCUGGUCCCAUGACUCGUUUCUUCCUUCCAAUGAUGCCCAUUUUCUACUUCGAUACCUCAUCUUCCUUCUAUCCAGCCCAUUCUUAAUGUUCAAGGGCGUGAGAAUGAGCCCUUAAUAAAGUAGUUGAACCGGCAAAAAGUUGUUAGGUAACCGUCAACAGCGGCUGGAUUGGCUUGAUUUCCGGUAAACAUGUAAUUCUUUUCCCCGGUAACAUUCAUGCAAAUCGAAAUCUUAUGAUAUUCGUAAUGGA